CUUCAAAGCCACUGUGGGGCAGUCAAUGAGCCCAGUUAAUGCGAGCUCCCUCCUAUAGCUCUCGCUGCUCCAGAGCAAGACAAGACAAGAGUCUCCGCCAGACGCAAGCCUUUACUAACAACAGGACUGAAAUCCUCUCUCUCUGCUGCACUGGGGAACGUCAGGAUAGCCAUGUCUACAAGGAAGAUCUGCUGUCUUGUGCUGCUGGUCCUAGGGCUCCUGGCUAUUGCAGUUUCUGUCAUUGUAAUCCUGGCGCAGCCCAAGUGUGCUCCUGGAAGUUAUCUGCAUGCUGCUGUAGCAGCUGACACUGAAAUCUGUUCGGACAUUGGCAGGGACAUCCUACAACGUAAAGGUUCAGCUGUGGAUGCUGCUAUUGCUGCUCUGGUCUGCACUUCGGUUUUGAACCCCCAGAGUAUGGGCCUGGGAGGAGGUGUCAUCUUUACUAUCUAUAAUGCAACCACAGGAGAGGUCGUGGUGAUUAACGCUCGUGAAACAGCUCCAGAAAAUAUCAACCAAGACUUGUUAAAUCAGUGUAAUGAUUUUGCUCUCCAAAUAGGGAGCCAGUGGAUUGCAGUCCCAGGGGAACUUCGUGGAUAUGAAGAAGCCCACAGGCGCUAUGGCCGGUUGCCAUGGAAAUGGCUGUUUGAACCAACCAUCCAGCUUCUUACACAUGGAAUCAGAAUGCCAGCAGCGCUGAGCAAAUUUCUCAGUCACCCACUGUUACAGAGCUUUUUGAAAAAGUCAUCCUUGUGCCAGCUGUUCUGUGAGAAUGGUGUGGUCCUAAAACCUGAUGCAAUCAUCUUUUGGCCAACUCUGCUGAAAACACUGAAGGCUAUAGCAGAGAAGGGAGCCAGAGAAUUUUAUGAGGGCGAGAUAGCACAGAAUUUGGUGAAGGACAUAAAACAUGAAAACGGCAAUCUGAUGCUGAGUGACCUCAAGAAUUUCCAGGCAAAAGUGAUGACACCCCUGAAUAUUUCUCUGGGUGGAUACACAAUGUAUUCCCCCCCACCACCAGCUGGGGGUGCUGUUCUUCUCUUCAUCCUCAACAUACUGAAAGAGUUUAAAUUCACGCCAGAGUCCCUGGAGCCGGCCAAUAGGAAGAUUGAGACCUACCAUCGUAUUGCAGAGGCACUGAAGUUUGGCAAUGGGCAAAAACCAAAACUGGAUGACCCACAGUUCUCUGGCAUACAGCAGGUGAUUAUUCAGGAACUGUUGUCGAACUCCUUUGCUGAACUUGUCAGGAAGCGUAUAGAUGACAGAGGUGACCAUCCAGGCAGUUUUUACAAUCUCUCACAGCCAAGCAACACAGGCUACGGCACCUCCCACGUCUCCGUCCUCGCUGAAGAUGGCAGUGCUGUGUCUGUCACCAGCACUAUCAACCAGCCGUUUGGCUCAAUGGUAUAUUCUCCAAGCACUGGGAUCAUUUUAAAUAACGAGCUCGCUGACUUCUGCAAGAAGAAGCCAAAAAACAAGAUCACUAGCGGAGAGAGACCCCCCUCUGACAUGGUUCCUUCCAUUCUCGUCUCCAAAGAUGAUAACUCCAAGCUGGUGAUUGGAGGCUCAGGAGGGGACCUGAUUAUCAGCGCCACUGCCUUGGCGAUCAUGAACAAACUCUGGUUUGGCUAUGACCUGGAGCGUGCCAUCUCACUGCCUGUUCUCCAUGCCUCCAUGAACAACUCCAUCCAGUUUGAGCCAGGCUUUGAUGAGGCUGUUAAGGGGGAACUGCUGCGCAGAGGACACCAUGAACAGAAACGCACCAUGUUCCUGAAUGUUGUGCAGGGGAUUUCAAAGGAAGGAAGAUGCAUCUUUGCUUAUUCUGAUCGAAGGAAGCUGGGGAAGUCAUCUGGGUAUUAAGAACAAGUGCUGUAGCAAACAUUUUAUUGUAGCCAAAAAGAGUAUGAAAUAACUGGGUCCAGCUAUCCUGGAAGCACCCCUGACAUCUCCUGUACCAGUCGGACUUCCUGAAGCCACCUAGCAGAGAGUGUGGUGAGACUCAUAGUAACAACUGACCCUCCAAUAUAUGGAAAGCUACAUUCAAGCUGUUACAGGCACUAGUCAGCCAGUCUUGGCUAGAAUCAUACCCUCCAUUUAUUAUAUCUGCUAGUUGGGUCCAGAGGACAAAGGACCAGCACUUGUGUGAUAUAUAGAAAUACAUUUUGUGAACAGAGCAGCUAGUAACCAAGCAGAAUUUGGAAAGGGGAACCAGGCCCAGUGCCAAUGGGAGCUGCCCUCAGGGACCUGACUCUAUCUUCCCUAGAGUCUAAAGAGCCUCAGAUAGGAGGGGGGGUGGUUUCUUUCUGGCUUUGGAACCCCCCCCCACACACACACACACAUGUGAAUGUGCUUUCUGGCCACACCAUUAAUGUGAAAUAGGAAGCUAUGACAGACUUCUUUCUUUGCUCAGGUGUGUUUCAGCACCACCAAGUUGCACAGCAGAGCUGCAAGAUACAGCUUUGCAUGGACACACGAUAAGGGAGUGAGUCUAACAGUAUUUUGUCUAGCUCUUGCCUGUCCCAUGGGUAUCAUUUGACAUUAGCAUUAGCACAAACCUGUCUAUAUACUACAGCAUCUGUUGCCACAGUCAGCUACUCUAGGAAUGAGGGCCACCUCUGUAGCAGCACUGAAGGUUUCUUAGGCACUGCCUAAGAGAGAGUCUCUACAAAUGAGCGGUGCAAAGUGUGACUGUGCAUUCGUGUGGAUAAUGUGAAUUCUUUUCUCCUUUGGAAGGAACUGAUGAUGUAUUAUUACAGAUAAUCUUCCAGUUUUACACCUCUCCCCUGGGGGUGGGGAGCCCUACGCCUUUGUCAAAUUUCCUUGCUCAUCCUUAUCUAGAUGUGAGCCACAGUGAAGCUGAAGAGAGGCCCCUGGAUGAGUUGAAGUGAGGAUGCACAAGAAAAGGAAAUGAAUAUUUCUUCAAAACAGGAGGAGUGAAAUGGGUUCUGGGAGGACCCUUUAAAAUAAGGGUGCAGGUAAGAGUAGCCAUAUAAAUAAGAAGAAAACAAAGAAAGAGGAAGUGGGAUCGCUAAACACUGAGGAUGGAGUGGAGGUUAA